AUGUGACGUCAUCAAAGAGCGACCCCGCAUGUCAGACUGCUGAGGUUUUGACGGCACUUGCUAAGGGUCAGCAUGGCCAGGCUGUGGUCUGAGGGCCACUCCACAUCCAUCCUGUGUGUCGGGGCCUCUUCGUGCCCAGAGGGUCUCCUCGCUUCAGGCGCCGAGGGUGGAGAGGUCACGGUGUGGAGCCAAGAGGGAAACAUCAUAGGCCGUCUCUCUCUCCCUGGUAAAGAGGACUGCACGAGUGUUGUUUUUUCACCUGCAGCUCCGGCCCAGCUGUACGUGUCACACGGAGACGCAGUGAGUGUACUCGACCCCCGAAACCUGAAGGGCCCUGUGGAGGAGUUUCAGGGUGCAGGGGAGGAGGAGAUCAAUUCGUUGGCGCUAAACGAGACGGGUUCAGCCCUGGCGGUGGCUGAUGACUCCGGGGCAGUCCGGGUACUGGAGCUUCCUGGAGGAAAAGUGUUCAGGUCCCUUCGUAGACACACUAACAUCUGCUCUUCUGUGGCUUUUCGGCCUCACAGGCCCAAUAACCUUUUGUCUGCUGGACUUGACAUGCAGGUGAUGCUGUGGGGUUUGCAGAAGACUCGUCCUCUUUGGACUCUCAACCUCCAGGAUGUAGCAGAGGAAGAAGACGACCAUCAGCAGCGUCCCGGUCAGCUGUUCAACCCACCACUGGUCCACUGUGUUUCUGUGGCGAGUUGUGGGAACAUUUUGGGUUGUGCAGCAGAGGACGGGCGGGUGCAUGUGAUGCGGAUCGGCAGCGGCUCUAAACUGGAACAGCAGGGAGCAGUCAAGGCCCACAGUCAGGGGGCCUCACAAGCCCACUUUGUUAGUUUCCUUUCCCACCCUCACUGGCUCGUCACUGGGGGGAAUGACGGCCAGGUCGCCCUGUGGGACCUCAGUAAGCACCCAGUGGUGACUCCGGAGGCAAAGGCCAAAAGUGGAGUGACAGCAGCCCCACGCAGGAAGAGUAAGAGCAAAGCAAAGAGGAAAGAACAAUCCCAGGAUAAAGCAAAGACUCCACCGAAGGUUGAAGCAGAGAAAGAGGAAGUGGAGGAUGAAGUGGCAGCAAGUGCAGAGGAGGUGACGGAGGAGAAGUCUGGACCCAAACUUUGCAUCAGUCACGGGGACAAAGUGAACUGGUUGUGCCCUGUUGUGCUGAAAGGAGAACCCAGCGUGGUGGUCGCAGAUCAGAGCUCCAGUCUGACGGUCUACCCUCUGUCUCAACUGUAGAUUCACACACUUUACAACAUGCUCCUUCAUCUUUAGUUCUCGUCAUAGCAGUACAAUAUUUUGUCUUGCUUGAUUUUUAGUUUACAUUUUUGAAACUUUUUAAGGUGUGCUCAGUACAAAUGUGAAACGGAAUUUUCGCUUUGUGUGGAGUAUUUUGCAACGUGCGAAUAUUCGCCCUGAACAGCCAAUGUGCGUACUCUGUCAGGAAAGGAAGAGGGGCUUACCUCCAUACAUACCACAUACCUUAAACGUUUAUUUCAUCCAUGACCAAAUGAACCAGUUUCUCCAUUUCUGAUUAUUGGUGACAUCAGGAGAAAGUCAACACGGAUUAUUUGAGACAUUUGGACUUCCGAAGAUGCACAUUUGCAUCGACUCUGUAUGUAAUCACGCAGCGUAAAGAAUCCGUCUGCUGUUUGGUCUGAGCACACUUCAGAGUGUACACUCCUGUGUUUGUUGCCUUUAGCACCGGUAGUGUCAUUAUUUGGUCUUGUGGUCUGAUUUGUGAUUCAGACAGUAGGAUCUUGCUCUCCUUUUAAUAAAGCCUGAAUUAUUGUGGGUAGAAAGCACUAAUCAGUCAAAGGUUGAUAUUUACAGAAGCAGAUGAACAUCACAGAAAUCUGUUUGUUUUCACACAAUAUUCAACAAACUACACGUCUAAUUGUUUUUUCGGGUCUAAUUUAAUGCCAGAUUUACUCAUUGAAUAUGGCUGAUUUGUUGUUUUGCAUGCGUGUGUGGUCCUAUAAAAGUCUGUUUGAAAUUAAUUUAGCAAUGUACGCGUUUUUGUGAACUGUAAAAAGUACCACAUCAUAGACAAAAGAAACAUGCAUGUUUAACUGAGUCUGUGGGGCUCAUCUCAAUCCAAACCAGGUGGCAGACAGAACAAACAGUGCUAUAACAGCCACACUUCUGAAGUGCUUGGGGUUUUGUGGUGAUCUUGUUCACUGGGACAUGUUGCUGUUUUUUAAAAAUUAAUCUAAAGUGUGCCUUAGGAUCCAACACCCAGCUGACCCCCAUUUAAUAAUGUGAUUUUUUUGUGCUGUGUUUGCAGAUGAUUACGGCUGAAUCUCUUGAACACAAAGUCUUUAGCUACCAUUUCAGAAAUGCUGUUCCUAUUAAACUGUUAACUUCA